UGCUGAGUGUGGCCGGGGCUGAGUGUGAGUGCAGCGGGCGGGCGCUGACCACCAACCGGACCGUACGGUACCCGUGCAGCGGAGACACACACCGAGCAUCCGGCACAAAGCUGAGCCCGACUGUGCGACAGACAACCCGCGGGAAGCAAAACAAAACUUUUGUCCUUUUUGUUGCUCCAUUUGCACCGGCUUUGAGGAUUUGGAUGUGAGCGGGGUGCAGACUCGAACUCACAUUGUGCAAGCGCUGGAGGUGUCGGGGAGGAGGAGGAGGAGGGGACCUGCUGCUGGAAACACUCACUGGAAAGUCUGAGCAGCGCCUGGCUUGCAAAGUCUUCAAUGAGUCGGAGAAAGGAUUGAAAGGGGCCCGGGUGUUAGCAGAGUGCAAGUCCACCCCCCCCCCCCCAACACACUUCCUGCUGCUGCUGUCCACCCCCUCCCAGUCUGAGCUGAGGCAGGGAGCUCCAUGUGAGUCAGUACCACUCUCUGCUCACCCACCCACCCCCAGAAUGGGACACUUGCCCCUCCGCCUCCUCCUGACCGCCCUUUGCCAGUCCCUGCUGCCCAGCGGCUCCUGGGGCAUCGGCUCCAUUGACCACGAGAGAGGAAGGGAGGCCAAAUGCCAGCCCAUCGAGAUCCCCAUGUGCCUGGGAAUUGGCUACAACAUGACCCGGAUGCCCAACUACAUGGGGCACCAGAACCAGCAGGAGGCAGCCAUCAAGCUGCACGAGUUUGCCCCCCUGGUGGAGUACGGAUGCCACGUCCACCUCAGGCUCUUCCUGUGCUCCCUGUAUGCCCCCAUGUGCACCAGCCAGGUCUCCACCUCCAUCCCAGCCUGCAGACCCAUGUGUGAGCAGGCACGCCAACGCUGUGCUCCCAUCAUGGCCCAGUUCAACUUUGGAUGGCCCGAAUCUCUGGACUGCAGCAAACUGCCCACCCGGAAUGACCCCAACGCCCUGUGCAUGGAGGCACCUGAGAAUGCCACCGGGGAGCCACAGAAAGGCCAGGGAAUGCUGCCCGUGGCCCCUCGGGCCAGGAUCCCGGGACCAGCUGAGGGCAGGAACCAGGGUCCGCUUGGCUCCUGUGCCAAUCCUGACAAGUUCCAGUACGUGGAGAAGAGCCUGUCCUGUGCCCCGAAGUGCUCCCCAGGGGUGGAUGUCUACUGGUCCAAGGGCGAUAAAGACUUUGCCUUUGUCUGGAUGGCUGUCUGGUCCACACUGUGCUUCAUCUCCACAGCGUUCACCGUGCUGACCUUCCUGCUGGAUCCUCAUCGCUUCCAGUAUCCCGAGAGACCCAUCAUUUUCCUGUCCAUGUGCUACAACGUCUACUGCGUGGCGUUCAUCAUCCGCUCAGUGGCCGGGGCUGAGAACAUCGCUUGUGACCGGGAGAACGGUGAGCUGUACGUCAUUCAAGAGGGCUUAGAGAGUACGGGUUGCACCAUCGUCUUUCUCAUCCUGUACUACUUCGGCAUGGCCAGCUCCCUUUGGUGGGUCAUCCUGACCUUAACCUGGUUCCUGGCAGCGGGUAAGAAGUGGGGCCAUGAGGCCAUCGAAGCGCACAGCAGCUAUUUCCAUAUGGCAGCCUGGGGGGUACCAGCCAUGAAGACCAUCAUCAUCCUGACCAUGAGGAAGGUGGCUGGCGAUGAGUUGACUGGCCUGUGUUAUGUCGGCAGCAUGGAUGUCAGUGCUCUCACUGGCUUUGUCCUUAUCCCUCUGUCCUGUUACUUGGUGAUAGGGACCUCCUUCAUUCUGACUGGCUUCGUGGCUCUCUUUCACAUCCGCAGGAUCAUGAAGACAGGUGGCACCAACACGGAGAAGCUGGAGAAGUUAAUGGUGAAGAUCGGGGUCUUCUCCAUACUGUACACUGUCCCUGCCACGUGCGUUAUUGUCUGCUAUUUCUACGAGAGGUUGAACAUGGAAUACUGGAAGGAACUUGCCUCUGAGCAUCCUUGUCUGGCCUAUCCAGGGAGACGGAUUCUGGACUGCACCUUGGACAUCUCAGUGCCGACCGUCGCUGUCUUCAUGUUGAAGAUCUUCAUGUCGCUGGUGGUGGGCAUCACCAGCGGGAUAUGGGUCUGGAGCUCCAAGACCCUGCAGACUUGGCAGAGCUUGUGCAGCAGAAAACUGUCAGUGAGGACUCGAGGGAAGCCCUGCAGUGGGGUCAGCUGCUCUGCCAGCCACUGCCACUACAAGGCGCCAUCUGUCAUGGUGCACAUGAGCAAAACGGACCCUUACCUGGACAAUCCAACCCAUGUGUAACUAACACCAGACGGUGACAUCAAGUUACUGAAGAAUAUUCUGAUGUUGAUGAAAAGCAAAUCAAAUGUCAGAACUCAGACCUGGUUUGUCCCUCUGUUCCCAGCAUCCAUCCCAGUUCCCACCCACCUUCCCGCUUGUCCUCUACACCAUCCAGCACUUUACUCAAGUGGAGUAAGUCUGAGAUUCGGGGAACACAAGGGGAGACUGGUAUGAAGUGAUGAAUGAGAUUGAAACGAGUAUAUCCUCUCUGUUUCCAUUUCCAGGAUCAAUGUCUGUCUUUGCGGAGCCCUGUACAAGAGGUUAUGCAAAUGAAAUGUAAUGGCUGUAGUUCAUUUCAUUAUGUCUACUCAAUGAUUGUAGAUGUAUUAAUUUAUGGUAAGACAAACAAUAGAAUAUCAUUUUUGUAUAUGUUUAUGAUAGUUCAAAUGCAAAUAUAUA